AUGGUAACUCAUGAGGAAAAUACAACGCUUACAAUUGUUCCAUUACAAGAGGAAAUUUGGGCAGCUGUCAAAUCAAUGGAUCCUGAUAGUGCCCUGGGGCCGGAUGGAUUUAAUGGCCAUUUUUUCGUCUCUUGCUGGGAGGUUGUUGGUGCUGAUGUUGUUAAGGGUGUUCAGUAUUUUUUUCAACAUGGUUAUUUGGCUCCUUCCUUUAACUCAGGUAUUAUCAUGUUAAUCCUCAAAGUUGAUCAUGCCGACUCUAUAAAGCAGUUUCGCCAUAUUGUCCUCACCAACUUUGUGUUUAAAAUUAUCCCAAAGAUCAUAGCUAUCCGGUUGGCAUCUGUGGCAUCACGUAUUAUUUCUCCUCAACAACAUGCUUUUGUUGCAGGGAGGAACAUAUCAGACUUUAUAUUAACUACAUCAGAGUGCUUUAAUUUGUUGAACUCAAUAUGUCAUGGAGGUAACCUUGCAAUUAAGGUUGAUAUUACAAAGGCGUUUGAUACUCUGUCAUGGGAUUUUCUUCUUCAUGUUCUUCAUGCUUUUGGGUUUGAUCUGAUCUUUGUACAAUGGGUGCGUGCCUUGCUUCUGUCAGCCAAACUUUCUCUGUUGAUCAAUGAGAGGACUAUUGGGUAUUUUUCUUGUGAAAGGGGUGUGCGUCAAAGGUGA